UCUGUAAACAGCUGUUAAAAAAACUUUAGCCGGUGUCAAUGGUUUUGGGAGAAAUAAUAUUUUCUAGAUUUUAUAAGUGAAUUAUUUAUUUAAAUCGUUUUAAAAUGUUUAGUUUACGUUUAAAUUUAACUAACAAUUUUAGACGCUUGCCACUGCAACGUCUGAAAUGCAGUAAAGUUGAAGAAAAACCCACAGAAUCUGAGCAAGCUGCUUCAGAUCAAACGAAAGUUUUGCAAAAUAUGUUAGCCACUGACGAAGAAGUUGCUAGACCUAAGAUUGAUCCUAAAGAAACAUCAAUUGUAUUAUUUCCGGGCCAGGGAACACAAUAUGUAGGUAUGGCCAGUAGACUUAUGCGUUUUCCAGAAGCAAGACGCAUAUUUGAAAUGGCUAAUGAAGUUCUGGGCUAUGAUUUGUUGAAAUUGUGCUUGGAAGGGCCAAAAGAUAAACUAAAUCGUACCGAACAUGCUCAACCGGCUGUAAUGGUAUCUUCGCUAGCUGCUUUGGAACAAUUGAAAGAAGAACGUCCCAAAGCUAUAGACAGUUGUGUGGCCACGGCCGGUUUUAGUUUGGGUGAACUUACGGCUUUGGUAUUUGCCGGCGUUAUACCAUUCGAUAAGGGUCUUAAAUUGGUGCAGGUACGUGCCAAUGCCAUGCAAAUGGCUUGUGAUAAGGCGACUGGUGCCAUGGCCAUGGUAUUAUAUGCUCCAGAUACGGAAAUUGGCGCUGCCUGUGCUAAAGCCCUACAGUGGUGUAUAGACAAGGGCGUAGAGAAACCCUACUGUGGCGUUGGCAAUUAUAUGUAUCCUCAUUGUAAAAUUAUUGCUGGUAAUGUAGAAGCUAUAGAAUUUUUAGAAAAGAACUCCAAGAGUUUAAAAAUAAGACGCAUGAAACGUUUGGCUGUAAAUGGUGCCUUUCAUACACCUCUAAUGGAACCGGCUGUUGAACCUUUUGCUAAAGCUUUAAGUAAAAUACAACUUGAAGAACCUUUAAUACGAGUCUAUUCAAAUAUCGAUGGUAAACCCUACAAAAGUGUGGCACAAAUACAGAAAAUGUUACCCAAACAGAUUGUUCGCCCUGUGAAAUGGGAACAAACUAUGCAUCAAAUGUAUGAACGUCAGCAGGGCGUUGAUUUUCCACGAACGUUUGAAUGUGGUCCCGGAAAAGGUUUAAUACCAGUUCUUGAAAAAGUUAAUGCCAAGGCUGCCAAUACUGCAUAUCAUAUAGAAGCCUAGUGUCGUUAUUUGUUUUAUCUCUUUUGUUGUUAAUAUUGUGUAAAUAUUUUUAAUGAUAUUUUUAAAAAGCAGUGCUAAAAACUUUAUAUAAUCAAUAAAUUUCUAAUUUAUUGUUCG